AUGGACCUGAAGGCAAUGCUGGCGGCACGGGCAGCGAGCCGGGGCGGCCUCACUGAGGGCGAGACCAACGCCUUGACGAGCGGACGGCUCUACACUUGGGGCAGAAACGACUAUGGGCGCUGCGGGCUGGGGGACACGAAGCAUCGGGCGGUUCCUACCCGCGUACCGGAUCUGGGGCGGGUGGUGAAGGUGCGGGGUGGCGCUGGCCACACGCUCGCGGUGACCGCCGACGGCACCGCCGUCGCUUUUGGCAAGAACUACCUAGGCCAGCUGGGCGUUGGAGAUGACGAUGACCGCUACUAUCCUCACCGGCUGCAGUUGGAUGACAAACCUGCUGCUUCGUGCUCGGGCGGCGGCAACUUUAGCGCGAUCGUGGCCCAGAGCGGCGAAGUCUACGCGAUGGGCUGCGGCUAUUUCCAUGCGACGGGGCAGCCCACCGAGGCCCAUCUACGCCUGCCCACGUUGACCAAACCAGGCCAAGCUGCGCGAGAGAAUGAAUCUGUGGGACUCAUCCCAGUGGUAUGGGCGCUUACGGCAGGCGAGACUUCCCGAUUCUGUCCGGCGCCGGUGCCGGUAAAGGGUGCCCUGGAGGGGAAGCCCGUCGCAGCGAUAGCGUCAUGCUUCGACUGGAACAUGGUCAUCGCGAGCGACGUCGACCGCGGAAAGGAGUUGCGGCGGGUGUGGGCCUGGGGCGACAACGGGUCGGGCCAGCUGGGGCCGAGCCACUGCGGCGACUCAGUUGCCGAGCGCCCGCCGUACUCAGCCCUGCCCAUGCAGAUCAUCGGUGGGCUCGAAGCGCAGCGGAUUGUGGCCAUCAGCUGCGGGAAUGACCAUGGGGUGGCGGUGGACGACAAAGGUGAUGUGUGGGCCUGGGGUGUGGGCGAGCUGGGUCAGCUCGGGUUCGGGGAGGAGUGCGGGUUGGCAGUGCAGACACCACGUAUGGUGCCCUUCUUCCAACGGCGGAAGGCCAGCGUGAUCGUCGUCGACGUCGCCGCAGCCAAGAAGCACACCCUCUACCUGACACAGAACGGCCAGGUGUACGUGAGUGGCGACGAUCAGUUUGGCAACGAGCGGGUGGACGCGCCGGUCAAUCCGCGCCAACAGCCGCACCUGCUCGACCUGCCCUUCCGGGUGUCGGCCAUCGGCGUCGGCGGCUACCACAGCUGCCUCGUCACCGAAUGA